CACGAAGUCAAUGAUCAAGUCCAUGGCAUACCGAGGGCAUCGUAUCCUCGAAAGCUAUAAUUGACGUCUCGUGAUUGUCUUUCAUUGUAUUCCUCUCGAUGAUCCGCCGCUUCAGCCUAAUCUCCAUAGCGCUAGGUCGAAAAGCGUUGUGCUGAAAGGAUACCCUUCUCUCUCCCUAGCUUGAUGCGGGCUGCACGGAAGCGCAAACCUCUUCCUCUUACUCCUUCAACAUCGCAGGCCCCUCUAGUUCCCUCCUCCGCUCCGUUAACUAAGCUUCGCCAUAAUGAAAACAUACUAAAUCCGGCCUCGCUUCCUUCCCAUGUGCACCCACGCCGAACGGUAACUUACGACCCAAGGACUACCGCCUACUCCCACUGCUGUUAGCGCUUCAGUCCGAGCCAUCGCAGUUCACACAUAUUCCUUCACGCUAUUAACCCUCUUCCGGUUU